AUGCUCUGGAACCAAGCCAGUGCUAGUCAGGCUCCUGGAAGAUGGCUCAGUACUAGAAGGAGAGAUCCCCAACAUCUGGCUGCACGGUACUGUGAAUUCAACCUCGAUAACCUCCUCGUGGCAGCCAAUCAACUAACUGGCUACAAGGGGGUGUCAAAAUGUGUGAAAGGACAGUACAACAAAGGCUUCGUAUUAACGAUGGAUAAUGGUGAACAAAUUGUUGCUAGGUUGCCCAACCCUAACGUCGGCCCUGCUUUCUUUACUACUGCCUCGGAAGUGGCAAGUCGGCAUUUUAUGCCAGGUCCGCGAGUUCUUGGGCAUUCCGGUCCCGCGCAUCUAUGCCUGGUCUACAGACAGGUUGAACCCAGAUAUUCGCUUGGGAGUAUUUGGGCCCGAAUGUGUAGGUCCUCACAAUUUGUGAUCAUUGACCAAGUUGUUGAAAUAGAGGGGAAACUGGCAUCUGUAUUGUUCCCCAUGCAAGGGUGCCUCUACUACACGUCCGACCUCAAGUCAAACAUUCCAGAGGCUGAAGGCCUUGAUAUCACGCCUAGCAAACCGUCAGGGCUGAAGAUAGAGCUUUGCAGACAGCUGUCCUGUUUCGCAAUUGGACCAUCUAAUGACCGAAAAUUAUGGAAUAGUGAAAGAAAUUUGAGGAAACUGGAUAGAGGACCAUGGACCAGCCCCAUUCAUUACGUGACUGCCCUUGGAACUAACGAACUGAACUGGGCAAGACACCAUGCAAAGCCAAGAAUGAAUUACUACCGGUCAACAGAGACUCCAGAGAACCUGAACGAAGAUAUCUUGAACAUUGCCCGAAACCUAGUACCAAAGCAGGCCUGCUGUGAAUAUGACUACAUUAAUACGCUAUCAUAUCCAGACCUCCACCUCGACAAUAUAUUUCAUCGACCCUGA